GCUACACCCUGUAUAGUCUUCUUGUCUUUUUCUUGUCACUUGUACACGACUCUAUAAUAUCCUCAAUCUCCCACUCUCCUCGGCCGACUCAUGAGACCAGCCAUCGCGACAUCCCUCAGAAAAGCCUCGACUUCCAGAGCAGCUUCUAUUCCCCUGUCCGUCCUCAGAUCGUCGCGACCUCUUGUAAAGCUCAGCCAGCAACGCAAAUGUGGAAGCUGUGAAAGAAGGAUCCAUACCUCUUCGGUGGUAUAUGAGGAGGGUGCGAAGGCCACGCCUCACCCGAGCUCGUCCAUACACGGUGCAGAGGCACGCGCUUCCUUUCACGAUCCUAUGACUAGAUAUGAGCACCUGGUGAGAGACAAGGUGCUUCGCCCAGAUGAUGAUCAGAAAGCCAUCCUUGGGAGACUACAGCGGUUAUGGGAUGACUUGAAGGGUUAUGACCCUGGACCUGUCCCUCCGAAGGCGCCGGAGCCGUCAUCAUCCCCGUCUUUUUUUGGCAAGCUGUUUUCGAAAGCCCCUGCCCAUCCGGAACCCACUGUCGCCCUUGAGAAUGUUCCGAAAGGGCUCUAUCUCUACGGCUCGGUCGGCACUGGUAAAACCAUGCUCAUGGACCUGUUCCACUCUACCGUCCCCCAUCAAUUCCGACCCGUAUCUCAAGGCGGAUACGGUUCAACUAGAAUACAUUUUCACUCCUUCAUGCUCGACGUCCUCCAGCGACAGCACAAGGCGGCGGCAAAGUACGAGGCGGCGGGCCUGAAGAAGAGGGAUGUCAUGCCAGAAGUGGCUCGGAGUUUGGCAGAAGAGGGACGGGUGUUAUGUUUUGAUGAGUUCCAGGUCACGGACAUUGUCACUGCGAUGAUCUUGAGGGGCCUCUUGGAGAGACUUAUGGGUUUCGGGGUCGUGUGCAUCAUGACGUCCAAUCGACAUCCUGACGAGCUCUACAUCAACGGCAUCCAGCGUGAAUCCUUCAUCCCGGCCAUCGAACUCAUCAAAGAGUGUUUCGAAGUGGUCGACCUCAACUCUGGUACAGACUAUCGAAAAAUACCUCGCGCGCUCAACAAAGUCUACUUUGAUCCCCUGACCCCCGCUGUCCGCUCAGAGAUAUCAAAGCUAUUCAGCUCCCUCGCUUCAAGGGAUCCAGUAUCGACAGAAAUCGUGCACAACAGGAAGAUCGAGCUAUGGGGACGAAAGUUGACAGUACCAGAGUCUUCGGGGAGUGUCGCAAAGUUCCAGUUCAGUGAUCUCUGUGACAAGCCUCUGAGUGCGGCGGACUAUCUUGAAGUGACGGGCAAAUUUGGGACAGUCUUUGUGGAAGAUAUUCCCAGACUAGGCCUGAGCGAGAGAGAUCAGGCGAGACGGUUCAUCACCUUUAUCGAUGCCUGCUAUGAAAACAAGACGAAGCUGUUCUGCUCAAGUGACGUACCCAUAUUCCAAGUCUUCUCGGACAAACAUGGAGCCGGCUCAGCAGCAGACGACGAGCAGGUCAAGACGGUGAUGGACGACCUUGGGCUGGACGCGAAAGCGGUUGGAUCUUCGUCACUCUUCUCAGGUGACGAAGAGUUGUUUGCGUUUGCGAGAUGUGUCAGCCGACUAUCGCAGAUGGGGACCAAAGAGUGGUCAGAAACGUCAGGCAGAUGAGCGUGGUAGUGGUACAUCGGUACAGUGCAUAGAUAUAUGUGAUCGCAUAUGGCGUAGACGGCAAACAGAACGACUUUAAAAGAGAGCCACGACCCAGACUAAGCGCUCGAGGGAUGAUGCCAAUGGCGGGGUCAAGGCUACUGAUCUCCAGUCUUGAUGUAGCAUGCGAUAUGUGACGUUCUCUAUGCCAAACAUGGUCAUGCCAGCCUGUUCCGUUGGAACGCGGGACGACAAAGAAGAGUACGUGUCAUUCUGCUCGGCCGUCGGUGCGCCGAGGUACUCAACUAGUCACGGUGUUCUCGUCGCUGGAAGGACGUGGGGUGCUG